AUGGCUCCUAAGACCAAGGCCGAUCACUUUGGUACUGGUUUAAAUAGCGGCCAGUUGGAACAGCUGUGGUUGGUCCUUUUCGGUCGUCAAUGCGAAGCUAUCAAUGAGCUGCAAUUUCUGCAUGCGAUUGAGACCAGCGAGGGGUUCCCGGAGGAGUGGACGUAUCGGGAGAAGUAUUUGGAAAUUGAUCUGGAAAAUAUAUUACUUUGGAUUUACAAAAUCAUCAACAAAAUUAACGAAUAA